ACGUGCGUGCGGAGCGCGGGGAGGCGGCCGGGCGCAGGCCAUGGCGCCGCUGCGCGUGCUGGAGCUGUACAGCGGCAUCGGGGGAAUGCACCAGGCCCUGAAAGAAAGCUGCCCAUGGGCAGAGGUUGUUGCUGCUGUUGAUGUCAACACUCUUGCCAACCAGGUUUACAGGCACAACUUCCCUGGCACGCCGCUGUGGGCAAAGACAAUUGAGGGCAUAACACUGCAGGAAUUUGACGGAUUAUCUUUUGACAUGGUGUUGAUGAGUCCUCCCUGUCAGCCAUUUACAAGGACUGGCCUGCAAGGGGAUGUCUCUGACCCACGCACAAAGAGCUUUCUCCAUUUCCUGCGUGUUCUCCCGAGGCUCCAGAAGCUUCCAACAUACCUGCUUCUAGAAAAUGUUAAAGGAUUUGAAUCCUCUUCUGCAAGGCAGGAGCUUCUGCAAACACUUGCAGCCUGUGGAUUUGAGUACCAGGAAUUUCUCUUGUCUCCAACCUGUCUCGGCAUUCCCAACUCCAGGCUGCGGUACUUCCUGCUGGCGCGGCGGCACCGGGACCCCUUUCCCUUUCGGGCUCCUGCUCAGAUUUUGACAAGAUUCCCAGAUCAGAAUCUAGAAGACUUCCUCGAGGACAAAGCUGCUGGCAGAGUGGGUGAAGUUAGUUCUUCCUUGUCUCCUGAAGAGGAGAGUCCGGUUCCAAACGCUGGUCCAGAUGGCAGCAGCAAGAGCAGUUUGCUGAAAGGGCCUUUUCUGUUUAAGCUUGAAACAGCAGAAGAAAUGGAAAGGAAGCAGAGUCAGGACACUGAUUGUUCUAUCCAAAUGCUGGGAGAUUUCCUGGAAGAGGAGGAUGAGGAGCACAGUCAGUAUUUCUUACCGCCGAAGUCCCUGCUGCGCUAUGCCUUCCUGCUGGACAUCGUUAAACCCAGCUGCCGGCGAUCCACCUGCUUCACCAAAGGGUACGGCCACUACGUGGAGGGGACAGGCUCCGUGCUGCAGACAGCAGUGGAUGUGCAGCUUGAAUCAGUGUUUAAACACAUUGAGGAGCUGCCAGAAGAGGAGAAGCUUAUGAAGCUGUCAACGCUAAAGCUGAGGUACUUCACCCCAAGGGAAAUAGCCAAUCUCCAUGGAUUCCCUCUGGACUUUGGUUUUCCUGAGCAGGUGACAGUAAAGCAGCGCUACCGCCUGCUGGGAAACAGCCUCAACGUGCAUCUGGUGGCCAGACUGAUCUCCAUUCUGCUUGGAUGAACUGAGGAGUACAGGAGUCUUCCACCUUUCAAGAGAAAGCUGAUGGCAGCUGAACACAAUCCACAGCUUCCCAAAGUGCCUGUGCAGGUGUUCUGCUGAGCAGCUCUGCUGUGCUUUCCAGACCUUGCUCUGAUGGUGCAUUUGCACCGCAGAGGAUGAAC